UGUGCGUCUAGAGAUUUUUUUUCGGUCAGCUGGAGCUCACGGAGGGAAAAAAACAAAAACAAACCACAACAAUUAUUUUCAUCUCUCUGAUUUCGGUCUUUAAAUAUUUGCGGACGGGUUCGCAACUUUUCAAUCGCUGUAAUUUCUCGGAUGUACAUUUAAAGGAAAACAUCGCGAGAAUGCGUUUAAAAACAGGUUUUUAAACGAUAAGUGAGUAAGCUAACAUUAGCUGAUGUUGAUCAAUGUGUAAAUUAGCGAGUUAAUUAUGUACUUGUUGUCUGUUAGCUUAGCAGUCACCCAUAAAACAGUUAUUUAAGUUUUAUUUAUGUAUUUGAAAAAUAUAAUUAGGUAUAUUUUUAGUAAGCGGCGUCUUUUGUCGCAGGAAACAUUUACUUCCUCGUAAGGCUAGCUUUGAGGUAGCCCGGUCGGUUAGCAACCGUCACUAAGCUACUCUUCCGCCUAUUCGUCGCCAAGGUGACACAGUUGCUCCAUCCUUCCUACCCAUCAAUCCAAGUUUUUCUCUACAUGCUAUCCACUAAACUGUCAUUAUCCCCCCGAGACUAUUUGGGUACGUGUGUCGUCUGGAGCUCUGUUUAGUGGAUGACCAAGCUCCCGGAGCCGCGCGCUACAGCUACCGGGUGGGCCGAUGCUAGUAGUACUAGGAGCGGGGAAAACAUAGCGGCGUGGGUCGACGAGGAAAUGUCAGAGCGGGGAUGCCUCGUCCUGGAGACCGUCUUGUAGUAGACUGUGCGCUCUCCGCUCACCACCGAGAUCUGGCUUCUACUAGACGAGGGGACCCAAGUUGCAGCAGUGACUCAUAUAUGGAUGGUGGGGUCGCAGGAUGCCCACCCCCUCAACUACCACUACACCACAGGCUGGAGGAGGGAGCAGCAGCGCCGGAGGAGAAGAAGAGGAGCUCAUGUCUGCCACCCCAGCCUCCACCAGCGACACAUCGCUCCGGUUCGUCCCGGCUUUCUGCCUGGGCGUGGUGGCAGCGGUUGUCUUUCAGCUGGCUUGGGGUGGCCUGACUGUCACCUCUUUCUUCCUCAAGUUGUUUAUCUACAUUUCAUUCGCCUUGCUGUGUUUCUUGGCUGGAAGCUUUGUUCUGCUGGUCAGGAAAAGUCCUGUCAAAGUCAGCAGCUUUAACAGAAACAGAAGGCUGUGCAUGGCAAGGCUGGACUUCUUCAACAAGCUUGUGGGCCGUUAUCUGGUGCCAGCCCAGGAAUCAAGUCAGAGCAGAAGAGUCGUGGUGUCCCACAAUGUGGACAAAGCUCUGAAAGAAGUGUUUGACUAUGCUUACAGAGAUUACAUCCUCUCCUGGUACGCCCCCCUCAGCCGGGAUGAGGGCCAGCUCUACUCCAUGCUGUUGGAGGACUGGUGGCAGAUGAUCGGCCAGCUGAGGUCCAGGCUGGCCGACAUCAACCUCGUCAACGUUGUGUGUUACGACAGCAUCCGCAUCCUUCACACACACUUCACCGACCUCAAGGCCGCAUCUGCAAGACCAGAGGAAGUUUCUCGGCCUUUUCCCCUCCAUCCCUGCUUGGUCAGCCCAGAUCUGGAGAUGGCCUUUCUGCGCUGUGUAGCAAGAAUACUGUUGCUCUGUCUGCUGCCGCAAAAGGACGCCAAGUCACACACGCUACGCUGCUGCCUCACAGAGGUCAUCACCUCCAAAGUGUUGAAGCCUCUGGUGGAGGUGCUCAGUGAUCCAGACUCCAUAAAUAGGAUGCUGCUGUCUCAACUGGAGCAGAGGGAGCAGCAGGCUGAGCAGCAGAAAAAAGCCUACACCUACGCUGCCUCCUAUGAAGACUUCAUCAAACUGAUAUCAACUUCUACUGAUGUCGAUUUCCUCAAACAACUCAGGUAUCAGAUAGUGGUGGAAAUUAUCCACGCCACAACCAUCAGCACCCUGCCUCAACUCAAAAAGCAGAAAGAACGAAAAGGUAAAGAGUCUGCUGCCAUGAAGGCAGAUCUGCUGAGGGCCAGAGAUAUGAAGCGAUAUAUCAAUCAGCUGACUGUUGCUAAGAAACAAUGUGAGAAACGGAUCCGGCUGCUCGGUGGACCCAACUAUGAAAAUAAUGAGGACGGAGGAGCCGACGACAGCGAUGAGCCUCAAAGCCAAAAGAUACUGCAGUUUGAUGAAAUUCUGUGUAAUCCGGGUUACAGAGAGCAUUUCAGAGUUUACAUGGAAAGAGUGGACAAAAGAGCUCUAAUCUGCUUCUGGGAACUUGUGGAAACUUUGAAAACUGCCAAUAAGAAUGAAGUCCCCCAAAUCGUUGGAGAGAUCUAUCAGAAAUUCUUUGUUGAAAAUAGGGAAAUUCAAGUCGAGAAGUUUCUUCUGAAGGAAAUCCAGCAAAGCCUGGUGGGAAAUCGAGGAACACAGGUCUUUGUUAGACUCCAAGAGCAGGUGGCUGAGACGAUGAGAGAACGGUACUAUCCUUCUUUCUUGGUUUCUGACCUCUACGACAAGCUGAUCAGACGAGACGAGCAGCACUGCCAGUCGCAGGGCAGCCCAGAGGAGAAGGGGGAAGAGUGCCAGGGUCUUGAUGCAGGAGAAGAGGAGUGUGAUGAGGGCACUAAAGGAAUCAAUGAACAGGCCAGCUAUGCUGCCACUAAAUUACGCCAACUCUACGACAAACUGGAGUACAAGAGACAGGCUCUGGGCUCCAUUCAAAACGCCCCCAAACCAGACAAAAAGAUAGUCAGCAAGCUAAAGGAGGAAAUCGGAGCCAUGGAGAAGGAGCACAGCGAACUCCAGCAGCAUAUCACGAGAACAGACUGGUGGUGUGAAAAUCUGGGGCACUGGAAGGCUACCAUUACAUCUGCUGAGGCUGCAGAGGAAAGCGGUGAGACUGUAGCUUGCUACGGCGUAUGCGUGAGUCUCACAGAGGGGGAGGAAACGCCAAACAGUCGAUGGAGCGUUCAGCGGAAGCUCUCUGAAUUCCAGAUUCUGCACCGGAAACUUACCGAGUGUUUUCCUUCACUAAAGAAGCUCCAGGUACCAUCACUGAGUAAACUUCCCUUCAAGUCUAUUGACCAGAAGUUCCUGGAAAAGAGUAAAACACAGCUCAAUGCCUUUCUACAGCGUCUGCUGACAGAUGAUCGAUUGUGCCAGUCUGAGGUGCUCUACGCGUUUCUCAGCCCAUCUCCAGAGCAUCUCAAGGUGAUGUCUAUUCAGAAGAAGUCGUCUUUCUCCCUGGCCUCUUUUCUGGAGAGACUUCCUGGAGAUUUCUUCUCCCACACUGAGGAGGACGGCGAUGAAGACAGUGAUCUGUCAGACUAUGGCGAUGAAACAGACGGGAGGAAAAAUGCCUUGGCUGAACCUUGCUUUAUGCUGAUAGGGGAGAUUUUUGAACUCAGAGGAAUGUUUAAGUGGGUAAGGAAGACUCUAAUUGCACUAGUCCAAGUAACCUUUGGACGAACUAUUAACAAACAGAUCCGAGACACUGUUAACUGGAUCUUCAGUGAGCAGAUGCUGGUGUGUUACAUCAGUGUGUUCAGGGACACCUUCUGGCCAGAUGGGAAAUUGGCACCACAUUUGGAGAGUCGAACUGAUUCUGAGCGUCAUGAGACCAAGGAGAGGGCUCAACAGAAGCUGCUAGACAAUAUUCCAGAUGCACUAGCAAAUCUUGUUGGCCAGCAGAAUGCCCGCUAUGGAAUCAUCAAGAUCUUCAAUGCACUGCAGGAAGCUAAUGCCAACAAACAUCUUCUCUAUGUGUUGAUGGAAAUGCUACUCAAGGAACUAUGUCCUGAACUCAGAGCAGAAGUGGACAAUAUCUGACCAUGCACAGAAGACGAACACUCACACUCAUUCUGAGGUUCCACCAGAUCAUUUUCCUGGCCUUUCCGUUCCUGACCAAUCACACACUGCCAUUCCAGCCGGGAGAAUGAAGCUUCUGAUGGACAGCAACUCUUUUGGCCAGCUUUAAAACUCACACCGUCUCAGUUAAUAUUAGUGUGUUAUGAAGUGAAAAAAGAAAAAAAAAAGCUGAGCCAUCAUGAGGCAGAUUUGAAGGGAGGCACUGGUGCAAAUCUUAAACUAAAGGGGGGAAAAAAUGAACGUGGGUUUGACUUUUCUUCGGGGAAGUUGUUUAAUUACACUGAUCACAUUUUUAGCCCUCAUUCACAAAGUACAAACUGUAUUUUUGACUUUUCAGUAAUUUACAUGUUUUCCUUUUUCCCCCUCCAAUUGCACUACAUAUCUGGAUAAAUUCUAGGGCAGAAUUAAAAUGUUCUAAAUGACAAAAACAAUGACAAAGUAAUUCAGAUAAAUAGUAAAUUUCUGAGGCAGGUGGUCUGCAGAUGAACUGUUGAACACACUCAAAGAUUAUAGACCUCCAAAGAUUCAGACCACUGAACCUUCUUAAACACAACCUGAGCAACAUUUGUGUUUCUGUGAUUCUCGUCAAAGCUUAUAAUUGUGCAAUAUAAUUUCGUGUAAAAGUCAUUGUGAUUUUAUUUAUAAUUGAUAGAUUUUAUUUUUACCAAUUUGUUUAGAGAGCAUUUAUAUGAGCAAUAAAUCACAAAGUUAAUGUAG